AUGACUUUCGCACAGGACUUGCCUUCUUCCCGAGUUAGAGGUUAUUCGAACGCUUCUCGUCAAACAAACAGCGCCAGCCAGCAUACUAAUACGGUAGCACGAGUCAAUGGAAACACCACUGGCGCACACACAAACAAUCUUCACAAACUUUACAAAUCGCCACAUCUGGUCGACGGGUUCGGCACGAAAGCAAUUCAUGUAGGGUCCGAGCCGAAUCCAGAAACAGGCGCUGUGAUCCCUCCCAUCAGUCUGAGUACCACCUACGCCCAGGACGGCGUCGGAAACCACAAGGGCUAUGAAUAUUCUCGAUCAGGAAACCCCAACCGAAACGCUUUCGAACAAACCCUCGCAGCCCUCGAGGGCGGAGGAUCCGACGCCAUUUCGUUUUCCUCGGGUGUCGCAACAAUCGCCAUUGCAAUUCAAUCACUCGGACCAGGAGCUCAUGUUAUUUCCGUUAAUGAUGUUUACGGAGGAACAUUCCGAUAUAUUACGCGGGUAGCCUCGAUGACACAGGGCGUUGAAGCUACGUUCCUUGAUCUCGGGGACAUUUCCUCUGGCAGUGAAGGCGAACACAAUCUUAUCCAAGCCCUUCGACCUAAUACUAAACUCAUCUGGCUUGAGUCGCCCACCAAUCCCACUCUUCGAGUGAUAGACAUUGCCAGGCUCUCACAGCUCUUAGACCAACAAUUCCCACCCCACUCCCCGAAUGCUUCUUUGAGGCCUUUGAUCCUCGUCGACAACACCUUCGCAUCACCCUUUUUCUCCUCUCCCCUCCUCCUCGGCGCCGAUAUCGUUCUUCAUUCACUCACGAAAUACGUCAACGGACAUUCAGACGUUGUUAUGGGCGCUCUCAUAUUACCCGCCCGACACGCCGCAAUCACCGAACGCCUUCGUUUCCUCCAAAACGCCUCCGGAGCUGUUCCUUCAGCCUACGACUGUUGGUUAGCUCAACGUGGAGCUAAAACCCUCCAUGUCCGGAUGAAGCAACACGGUGUGAACGCUCUUCGGAUAGCUAGGGCUCUUCAGCAAGAACCUGACGUUGAGGAGGUUCUGUACCCUGGUCUGAGCAAAGAUCGUUCGGCGACUGCUUGGAAGAACCUCAGUCCUCAUGCUAGGAAGUGGAUUGAGACUGAGAAGCUUUUGGGAGACGAUGGAGCUUUCCCGUUCUCUGGAAUGAUCUCGUUCCAGCUUAGGAAGCCAUCACCGAAUGCUAGCUAUGAUGAGCAUGCUGCUUUGUCUUCUCAAUUCUUGAAGAACCUCAGAUUGUUCACGUUGGCGGAGAGUUUGGGCGGUGUGGAGAGUCUUGCGGAGGCACCGGCGAGGAUGACACAUGCUGGUAUUCCUGCUCAUAAACGGGAGAUUUUGGGUAUCGGUGAGGGGCUUAUCAGAUUGAGCAUUGGUAUCGAGGAUGCAGAUGAUCUGCUAGAUGAUCUCAGGGCAGGGUUACAGAGUGUUUACAAUUGA